GAAAGAAGGGAAUCUAGCACAGUUGUUUAUCUUCUGUACCAUUACCAAAGACCCAAACUUCCAUCACAACCGUCCCAUCAAGUCUUCAAAUACGGGGGAAAAAGAUAACUCACGCACAAAAUCAAACGAGAGAAAGCAAAACCUAAGCAAAAAAGAAAUCAUAAUGGUGACUGAUAAGGUGAGAGACAGAAUCCUUGUUGUCUUCUUGGCAGUCUUCGCCGUAGCAGCUCCACUCGACGCAGGACUGCUGUUGCUCUUCCGCGACGGGCCGUCGUCGUCAUCGCCACUGCUUUUGUACAGCAAAAAGUAUGGCGAGUACUUGGCCACUCAGAAACCGGCUUUUUUCGUUGCCCUUCUGUGGAUCGAGGUCGCUUUCCAGUGGCCGCUGGCCGCUAUGAUUCUCUACGGCCUUCUAAGGCGGCCGCAGCCGCCGCAAUGGUUCCGAAGCAUUGCCUUGGUCUUUGGCGCCUCUUAUUGCACAUCCAUGAUUACAGUAGCAGCAGAACUGAAGUGGUCGUUCCAUACUGUGUCACCCGCCUUACUAAUAGUGUACCUCCUCCUAAUUGGUUGCGGUGUUUUAGUCAUUCUUCGCGGCCUGCUCCCAUGCCCUGCCGAAAGUACUCCAACAAAUGGCACACGACUUGAAUCUCGCAGUUCCGAGAACAAAAAGGGGACUUAAACUGAACAAGGUACCGUUCCAUUUACCAGAUGCGAUGCUGAUCAAGUUGGAUUAUCGUCUCGCAAAUAUCCUUGUUAUGUCCUGAAUUCAAAAUUCGCAUAACUUCUUGCUGAAAUUUAUGUAGUACACAAAACUCCGGUCCUAGCUAUUCACAAAGUAUUGCUGGUUUUUAAGAUAUUGGAUAUAUAUCUACACGACGUGCAUGUGUGAUAAA